AUGUGUGUUUGAGUGUUUGAAAAGUUUGUAUCGUUCAACGUUAACUAAGUGCCUCAACUUGUUGUAUAUUGAUAAACUUUAAAAAUAAGAAAUUACGUAAACAUGCUAGACACAAGAUAGAAGAAAUUUAAAACCUUAAACAAACAUCAACUUAUAAUGUUUAAACGUUUAAUAUGAAUAAAAGAUUUUCAAAAGCCAUAGCAUUUGUAAUUGAGGAGGGUUUCUAUUCACCUUUCGAAUUAGUUGAUUCUUAAAAUAAAAGAUGAACGCUGAUAAAAAGUGGAGGUGCUGAAAGUUAAAUUUUAAAAAAAAUUACUCUGAAAUACCGCUAUGUAAAUCUUCUUCGUCAAAACUGCAACGAGGAAACCCAGUGUCAGGAGACAGCUGAAGUGUACCAGGCUGGCAACGGUAUUUAAAACGUGUUAAGAAAAUUUUUAUUAUUGACAGAGAGUUACAGCAAGACGUGACAAAGUUUUUCUUGGACCAUGUCGAGUUUUGAUUGCGAUGGAAAUAUUACAGCUCCUCACGCCUUGUCUAUAUUUACUGCCAGCACAUCAUGUUUGAUUGCGUUUAUAGGAACUAUUGGCAACUCUUUGAUUAUCAGCGUGGUUUUGUUGGAUCCUUUGAAGAAGCUCCACACACCAUUUAAUUAUUUUGUUGUAAAUUUAUCAGUCAGCGAUCUAGUUGUUGAUGCAGUAUUUUUACCAAUAUCUGUGUACGCUCACACUUUGGAAGCUUUAAAAGAGUUGACAGACAAAGGAGCUAAUGUGUUUCACAUUUCUUUCUUUAUAUCAAUGACAGCGAGUAUCUUGAGCUUGACUGCGUUGACUGUGGACAGACAUGUUGCCAUAACAUAUCCUAUAAAAUACCGAACAUACUUGAGUUGGAAAAGAUGUUUCCUAAUAUCUUUAGGAAUUUGGGUUUUUGCAUUAACAGUGCCAUUCGCAUACGACGAGAGUAAGAACUUUGUCCAUUUUUUGAUGGCAUAUUCAAAUGUUGGUAUUCUAGUCGCGCUUAUAACUUUUAUUGUCACUUAUGUGAGAAUAUUAAAAUUCUUAAAAUCGCAAAGUGAAACACUGAGGAAGCAUUUAGAAACUUCAAAUACAGAAACAGACCAAUUUGAUUUGCAUCGCGUUGCCAUGGAAAAGAAGAUUACACGUGUGUUAUUAAUUGCAUUGUUUUUGUUUAUUUUAACAUAUCUACCAGCUUCUAUAAUGAUUUGUCUUUUGCAGUUCAUCAAGGCUAACAAAGAGUACUGUCCAAUUCGUCAUGUUCUUCGCGAUUUAUCCUUUUUAUUCAUUGCUUCAAAUAGCUGUAUGAAUCCGUUCGUGUAUGCAAUGCGAUUGAAACCAUUUCGAAAAUCUAUUGUGGCUUUAUUGAAAUGUCGUAAGGAAAUGGCAUGCAACGGAACUUGGGCUCCAACUUCACUAUCAAUAUUCACCACUUCUAUGUCCUCCAUAUUCUGUGUUAUCGCAAGUCUUGGAAAUGUUCUUAUUGUGUUAGUAGUGGUUAAAGAUCCCUUAAGAAAAUUACGUUCACCAUUUCUCUACUUUAUUGUGAACCUGGCUAUUAGUGAUCUUAUUGUUGGAAUGAUAGGUAUGCCAGUCUCCGUGUACACACACACUAUAGAAAGUCUUGGAAAAUUGGACGACGCUACUGCUAAAGUGUUUCACAUGUCAUUUCUGAUAUCAGUGACAGCCAGCAUUUUGAAUCUUAUCGCUUUGUCAGUAGAUAGGUUUUAUCAAUUAUUUGAUGGUAUAGCGUUCGUUAUUUUAACGUUCACCAGCUUUCGAAUUCAAAGGUUUUUAAGAGCUCAAACACACCACAUGAAAAAACAAAUACGAACAAACACCACUGCAGCCGAAGAAUUUCUCUUAAAACGACUUGUAAUGGAAAAAAAAGUAACCCGCGUUUUUGUUAUCAUUUUGAUUUUGUUUAUCGCAACAUACGUUCCAGCUACGAUAAUGAUUUACAUUUUACAAUAUUGCCUUAAAUGCGACUGUACAUUUCGACAUUAUUUGCGCGAUUUUGAGUUCUUAUUGAUCGCGUCAAACAGCUGUAUGAAUCCUUUUGUGUACACGAUGCGUUUCAAACCAUUCCGACAAUCGGUGGGACACUUGUACAGAUCAUGUAAAAGACGUUUUUCAUGUACAGUAGAGAAGAGUUACGUUAGUACUGCAACAACCAGCACUAACAGCACCACACCACUUUCCAACAAAAAAGAUUGAUACUCGAGAAAA